AUGGAAACUAUAAUAAAAUCUAAAUUAUAGGCCAAAAAGCAAAAAGCUGAAUGGGGAACAAUAAUAUGCUAAUUUUGCUAAGUUCCUGCAUAUUCUAAUUUCGGUUUUCGGUGUAUGAUUGCUUAAAUGAAGCAAUAAAAAACCGAAUUACCCAGUUUCUAUAAUUAUAUAUAAAUAAAAAAUCCCGUAGACUAAUAAGAACAUGUAGUUUUUUGUGGAUUCAAAUAUUAAUGUGUAGAAUUAGCGAGGAGAUUUAUGAUAGUAAAUUAAGACGUUUUUUUCCAAGAUAUAGACUGCGCAUAUCAUAUAUUCGACUUGAAAUAUGUUUAUGAUAUUUUCGAUCAUAAUAAUAAAAUCGAAUUCAAAAGUUUUUUAAAUGGGGGAAAUGUAGCACCUUAAAGAGGAGAUUUAAUAAUUUCGGCUAAAAGUAAAAAUUAACCUUAUGGGCAUGUUUCUGUUGUAGUCAGAUGUAAUAUAGAAGAAAAGUAUGUGGAUAUUAUUGAAUAAAAUUAUGAUGAUUUUCAUACUGAAGAGAGAGAUUAUACUAGGAGAUUAGUUUUUGAAGUUAUUGAAGGGGGAAGAUAUUAUUUAUAUAACAAAAGUGUAGGAAAAGAAUAUUCGAAAGUUAAUUAAAAUAUAGAUUAAGAAGAUUCAGAUGAAGAAGGGGUUAUUGGAUGGAAAAGAGUGGACAAACCUUUGAAGUUUAUGAAUUGA